AUGGCAAAAACCGAAAACAAGAGUUUGCCAAACCACGCGAAAGAGUGCAUCUCAUUCUAUGAUUUAUUGCAAAAAGGCAGAAAGGCUAAAGUUGGAAAAUUAUUCUAUCUAAAGGCAAGAACAAGUUUGACUCCUAUCAGCGCGUACGCCUACUCAGAUUACUCUGUAGUAACCCUCGAGGCAUCUGGCUGGUUCGGGCGAAAAGUUUAUUGUCAUUACUUUGACGCAAACUGGGAUAAGUUGAAUUUAUCUGUGGAGUCAGUAAUUUUUCCCGAGCAUUCUGUCCACUGCUGUAGACACCCUGAAGCAUUCUACAUGGGAAUAACCGAAAAUAAAAACGAUGAAGUUGCUUUGAAAGUACCGGUGCUUGACAGGACAGUGGACAGACCGUUAUACAAUUUGUCGGUGUGCCUUGCACCACUUUAUGGCAACGAGAGCAAGUGGUUGUUACUGACAGAAUUGAUUGAACAUCAUAAAUUACAAGGUGUGCAGCACUUUUAUGUAUAUGUCAAAGAUAUUGAUGAUUACUCUCGCUUAGUCAUUGAUGACUACGAGAAGAGUGGCGAAAUUGAGGUGGUUUACUUCACUAAGGAACAGGAUAGACUUGGGAUGGAUUGGCAUUUGGUUGGAGUAGUGGGAGAGUUUACGCUGAAAAAACAUCUUCCUACUCUUGUUUUCCGCAAUACUUCAGCUGUGGCUCCUCCAGGGUAUAUAGCCAAAAGUGUGAUAGAUCCCCGACGUGUUGUGUUCAUGCAUAUUCACGAAGCGCGCCUGUACUUUCCUGGUUAUAAACGCCUUCGUGUGCCACCUGACAAAGUUCUCAUAAGGCACUAUCGUGAUCUUUAUGACAACUUUGGAAGACCAUGGCUAGUACCAAGUAUCCAGUCGAGGAUGGACGAACUCAAAAGCUUUGGGAACUUCACAAUGACAGAGUAUCCAACGACUUUAAUGCUGAAGCUCUACAAAAACGUCAGACGUCGACUUUCUCAAGUAUACAAAUGGAGUUGA